AUGAAUGACCUGCUACUGUUUCCACUGGUAAUACUGUGUUGUCUGGCUGAACCGUUCGCAUCGGCGCAAAGAGCCCAAGUUAACCCCCAGCUUCUUCAAUGGGCGCUCAACAGAGCAUUCCACAGGCAGCAGCUGCUGUUCAACACGACUGAGCCCGACAUAUUCGCUGCGGGCGUCGCCAGCACCCCACGAGAACCUUUCUGGUUUUUGGGUGCCAUAGAGAAAACGAAAGUAGCAUCAAAAAAUCUUUCGGCGCUUGGGUCCAUCGCCGAAUACGCGACUCAAGAUGUUGCUCAAAACCUCAAUCUGUCACCGCGGGAUGUCACAUUCGGUUUGACGAAGGUGGAUAUAAAACGAACUUUCCUGGAUUUGAACUGUCCAUACAAAAUUGGAGUCAGACCAUGUGCACCCGAAAGAUACCGUUCGUACGACGGUUUCUGCAACAACCUUGAAAACCCUUUCUGGGGUUCCGCGAACUUGAGAUUCCUCCGCUUCUUGCCGCCGGUUUACGCUGAUGGAGUUUCUGUUCCGCGUGUCUCACGAUCCAAUUUGCCGCUUCCGUCGGCGAGGAAGAUCUCGUCGAAUGUGUUCCUGGACAGAGACAUCCCCCACGAGCACGCGUCGAUGGUAGCUGUCGCUUUCGGUCAUUUCGUAUUCCACGACGUUGCCCACACACCACAAACUGCCGGUUUCCAAGGUGCUCGACUCAAAUGUUGUGGGGUCCCCGAUCACCUGAAGCAUCCCGAAUGUAUGGAGAUCCCAGUCGAAGCCAACGAUCCUUUCUAUGGAUCUUUCGGUCAAAGCUGUCUGGAUUACGUCAGAUCGUCAACAGCGCCCCGUGAAACCUGCGGUCUAGGACCCCGUGAACAGAACAAUCAAGUUACGUCUUUCAUUGACGGUUCGACGAUUUACGGAUCCUCAGAAGCCGAAGCACGCUUCCUACGUUCGUUUGAGAACGGACUACUUCUGACGCAACGCAACGACGCCGGUGAAGAGAUCCCGGUGGGAGAUGCAUCGUCUCUGGACUGCCGCGGAACAAAGACAGCCCCAUGCUUCAGCUCGGGUGAUCCGCGAAUGAAUCAGAAUAUCGGAUUGGCGUGGAUGACAUCCGUCUGGAUCAGGGAGCACAAUCGGAUCGCCAGGGAGCUCAAGCUGCUCAACCCAUCCUGGGACGAUGAGCAACUCUACCAGGAGGCCAGGAAAAUCGUCGGUGCCGAAAUUCAGCACAUCGCCUACAACGAACUCCUCCCUACACUCGUAGGUCCCGAGGUCGUGGAGAGAUUCGGGCUCCGCAUGGACAGCAACGGCUAUUUCUCGGGUUACGACCAUAAGCGUCUGCCGGGUGUCACGAACGUCAUGGGAACGAUCGGUCUCUGGGCUCUUCUUUCAGCCAUGCCGAGCAACAACGAGCUCUUCGACGCGGUUCGUUUCCGUAAACUCGGUUCCAUAUCCUCGACGGAGACCGCGUUCCGUCCGCAAGAUCUUUACAACUCGAACAGAUUCAAACAGUACGUCGCAGGCGCCUUGAUGCAACGCGCCCAGAGGAUGGACGCCUUCUUCAGUUCUCACGUGACGCACGACAUGUUCGCUUCGGAGCCGGGUCAGCCGGGUCUCGAUCUCGCAGCGAUCUCGAUCCAACAGAGUCGGGACCAUGGUUUGGCAGGAUACACGAAAUGGCGACAGUUCUGUGGGCUGAGGAACAUCGAGACGUUCGAGAAUCUCGCCCAAGUGAUGGAUAAAGAAAUCGCGUUGAAAUUAGCUGAGCUCUACGACGAUGUGAACGAUAUCGACCUGAUUGUCGCAGCCCUGGCCGAAACUCCCGUCGAGGGCGGGCUGGUCGGUCCCACGCUGGCUUGCGUCUACGCCCACCAGUUCCGGCAUCUGCGUAUUUCUGAUAGGUUCUGGUACGAAAACCCCGGACAGCCGAGCUCCCUGACGAAAGAUCAACUCCAAGAAAUCCGCAAGACAUCGUUGGCGAGGAUAAUUUGUGACAACGUGUUCCACGGGGGAGUUAUCCAGCCGCGAGUCAUGCAGCUGCCAGAUCCCUGGUUGAAUAAUCUACAGUCUUGCGGUGAUCGUCUCCUGAGCUCCGUGAAUCUGGAACCGUGGGCAGAGGAGAGUCCACUCAAGAACCUGGCUAACGGACAGGUCGUCGAUGCUCUGAACGACGCGAGCAACGCGCUAAGAGACAACAUCAACGGAGACGGCGGAUUCGGACCCAAUCGAGGCAAGGGCUUCAUGAGAGCCAACGGUAUCUCACGGAAUGUCCACAACCAGAGCGAAGUACUGGAGCUCGCCACCAAGAAGCUCAUGAACGAACUCGGCCGAGACAAGCGACGUACCAUCGAUGACAACUUCAUUCCUGCCUUGAGACACGUCGAUCUGAGCAAAUUCCACCGGGAGUUCGAGGAGCCGGCCGCUUGCGAACCGACACGUCUCCAGCCGUGCAAUCCGAGAACUCCUUUCAGAACGAUGUCCGGCCGUUGCAAUAAUCUACGAAGCCCCAAUUUCGGUAAAGUGUCCCACUCGUUCAGGAGGAUAAUUCCUUCGAAGUACGACGAUAACAUCAGCGCCGCCAGGCAAACUUCGGUGCUGGGUUCGCCACUUCCUCCGAGUCGAGUCGUGUCCGCCGCAGUCCACAGCGAUCUUUCGGUGCCUCAUCAGAAAUAUACUCAGAUGCUGAUGCAGAUGGGUCAAUUCAUGGACCACGACGUUGCUCAUACGCCUCUGAGUGAGGGUCCGAACGAAUCCACUCUGAAAUGCCGAAAAUGCGAUUCGCCCCUGAAGGAGAACCACCAAGAAUGUUUCCCGAUAACCAUACCCCAUGGCGACCCGUUCUUCCCUUCGGUAUCAGCGAAGAGCGGCCGACCGCUGUGCUUGCCGUUCACGCGUUCGAUGAGCGGUCAACGAACGCUCGGAUCUCGAGAACAGAUAAAUCAAGUCACAGGUUUCCUCGAUCUCUCCACCGUUUACGGCUCCGAUAAUUGCGCUCGAGAGGAACUCCGCUUGCUACGAGACGGGCAGCUGAACAUGUCGGCUCAUCCCGCUGACCCUUCGCUGAAACCUCUCCUGCCGGAGAUCUCAGGAGCGGCCGAUUGUCUGUCCUCGAACGACCGAUGCUUCAUCGCCGGUGAUACGAGAGUCUCCGAACAGCCGGCCCUCACAUCGAUGCACACGAUUUUCGCAAGGGAACACAAUCGUAUCUCGCUGGAGCUCUCGCGUUUAAAUCCCCAUUGGGACGACGAACGUUCAUUCCAAGAAGCUCGAAGAAUUCUGACUGCCAUGUAUCAGCGGGUCAUCUACAGCGAAUGGCUACCGAGAGUUCUCGGCUGGGAGGCCGUGAGCCAAUGGGGUUUGAAUCUUCUGGACUCGGGUUAUUAUGCGGGCUACGAUCCCACUUGCGACGUCGGUGUCUUCAACGAGUUCGCCACUGCGGCCUUCCGCUUCGGUCACACGCUGCUGCCCCCUGCGUUCAAGCUGCUCGGUCCCGCCUACAACGAGAUCGGAAGGAUCAAGCUGACCGACGCCUUCUUCAACUCGCAAGUCCUCUACAAACGUGACCAAUUGGACCAGAUCGUGAGAGGGCUCAUGGCAACUGCCAUGGAAAAUUUCGACAAUCAUGUGACAAACAUGGUGACGGAACACCUGUUCGAAUCGAAGAGCAUUCCUUUCUCGGGUCUUGAUCUCAUAGCUAUCAACUUGCAAAGAGGCCGCGAUCACGGCAUCCGCGGCUACAAUGAUUAUCGUGAAUUUUGCGGGAAGCCGCGUCUGAGAUCAUUCCAGGAUCUACAAGGGGAGGUCAAUCCGAACGCUAUCAGAGGCUUAUCCAAUGUCUACAGACAUGUUGACGACAUAGACCUGUUCUCCGGAGGUCUCUCCGAAAUCCCCCUUCCCGGUGGGGUGGUGGGCCCCACUUUCGCGUGUAUAAUCGGUUUCCAAUUCCAACGAUUACGUCGAUGUGACAGAUAUUGGCAUGAGAAUGAUGAGCAUUCUGUGAAGUUCACCGAGGGACAACUAGCCGAACUGCGGAAAGCCUCCCUGGCGAAGAUCAUGUGCGAGAACAUGGAUACGACUAAAUUCGUCACUAAAAAUGUUCUCGACCUAUACGAUCCGUUCCUGAACCCUCGGGUCUCGUGCCAAAGCAUACAAGGUCCGAACCUUGUAUUCUGGAGAGAGAAUCCUGGAGCUGCUGCAGCGGCUGCAUAGUCUUCCAUUCCAAGAAAGAUCUGAUGUAAUUUAUGAAGUAUCUUGAUCGGUCGAAUAGACUCUAUCCCCGAUUUAAGGCCAAACGCCCCCAGCCAUCGGUGUUGAAUAGCUGAUCGAACAAUUAUCCGGUUCCUCCCCGAGUCCGACUGAGAGAGGGAUUCUGACGUCAUCGAGCAUAGCUCGUCGAGCCAGUCG